AUGAUGUUCGGUGUCAGAUUUCUUUUGUUCAGUCAAAGGACCAAACUUCAUACCGCUGUAUUUAUUCACGUACGCGUGGGAGAGUUCCGCGGUGAAUUGCGUCAUGCCGGCCUUGAGGGCGUCGAGGAGCAGCGGGUUGUGGAAGCCGGCGAACGUGGAGGGGGAGAGGGAGGUGAGGAGGCGAAAGAGGGCGAUGAAGGGGGAAGAUGGGUGGAGGUAAGGCGGUUUUCGGGGUGGAGGGGGAAAGUGGAAAAUGAGGAUUUGGGUGAAGGCGCCGACGGAGGAGGUGAUGGAGGGGGGUGA